AUGGGUUUGAAAUCUCUGAACUGUGGGAUGCCAAUCGUUGAAAUUCUCUUCAUGGAGGGAGAAUGCAUACCACACGGGUAUUCCAGAUUUAUUUUCCUCGCCUCACGUGCGCAUCUUCAUUCGUCAUCCUACAACUUUCACUCCUACAACUAUCACUUCUACAACUAUCACUCCUACAACUAUCACUCCUACAAUUAUCAAUACUACAGCUAUUACUCCUACAACUAUCAAUUCUUCAACCAUCAAUUCUACAACUAUCACUUUUACAACUAUCACUCCUACAACUAUCAAUUCCACAACCAUCAAUUCUACAACUGUCAAUUCUACAACUAUCACUUCUACAACUAUCGCUCCUACAACUAUCAAUCCUACAACUAUCACUCCUAA